CGCGCGGUUGGUGGAGGAGGGCGAAGGAGGCGGGGCCCCGCGGCUCCAGGGCGCCGCAGGCAGACUCGAGCCGCCGCUCGUCGCGGAGCCGCCGCCGCCCCCCGCGCCCAGCAUGGUAAUGGCCGAGCCCCGGCGGCCCCCCCCGCUGCUGCCCCGCGGGCUCGGGCCCGUCCGCGUCGGCUUCUACGACAUCGAGGGCACGCUGGGCAAAGGCAACUUCGCUGUGGUCAAGCUGGCGCGGCACCGCAUCACGCGCAGCGAGGUGGCAAUAAAAAUCAUUGACAAAUCUCAGCUGGAUGUUGUGAAUCUGGACAAGAUCUACCGAGAAGUGCAGAUAAUGAAGAUGCUUGAUCACCCACACAUUAUAAAGCUCUACCAGGUGAUGGAGACCAAAAGCAUGUUGUACCUUGUGACAGAAUUUGCCAAAAAUGGAGAGAUUUUUGAUUACCUCGCCAGCCAUGGCCGUCUAAGCGAGUCUGAGGCCAGGCGCAAAUUUUGGCAGAUCCUCUCGGCGGUGGAGUAUUGCCAUGGCCGAAAGAUUGUUCACCGCGACCUGAAGGCUGAAAACCUUUUGCUUGACAACAACAUGAACAUCAAAAUAGCAGAUUUUGGAUUUGGGAAUUUCUAUAAGAGUGGUGAGCCUCUGACGACGUGGUGUGGAAGCCCACCAUAUGCAGCCCCAGAAGUCUUUGAAGGACAGCAAUAUGAGGGACCCCAACUGGAUAUCUGGAGCAUGGGUGUAGUUCUCUACGUUUUGGUCUGUGGAGCAUUACCUUUUGAUGGACCAACGCUCCCCAUACUGAGGCAACGAGUUCUUGAAGGAAGGUUCAGGAUCCCUUAUUUUAUGUCAGAAGAGUGUGAACAUCUGAUUAGAAGAAUGUUGGUCCUAGACCCAUCCAAACGGCUCACUAUUGCUCAGAUUAAGGAGCACAAGUGGAUGCUUAUAGAAGUUCCUGCACAGAGACCUAUUCUUUAUCCACCAGGAGAGGAGAAUGAACCUUCCAUUGGAGAGUAUAAUGAGCAGGUCUUACGGCUAAUGCACAGCCUUGGAAUAGACCAGCAGAAAACUAUUGAGUCUCUGCAGAACAAGAGCUAUAACCACUUUGCUGCCAUCUAUUACUUGUUAGUGGAAAGACUCAAAUCACAUCGGAGCAGCUUCCCUGUGGAACAGAGACUUGAUGCUCGUCAGCGUCGGCCCAGCACCAUCGCUGAGCAGACGGUAGCUAAGGCACAGGCUGCGGUUCCCUCAGUCAACUUGCAUUCACCAAAUGCAAGGCUGUUGCAGUCUCCAGGUCUUCCCCCCACUUCAGGAGCAGAAGCCUUUUCGUUCCCUCCACCCAGCUGCCGGGGAGAGCCAGCAUUUAUGGAGGAAGAAAGAAUCGAGACACCAAAGGUAAACGGCUGCCUGCUAGAUCCUGUACCUCCCAUGGCGAUUAGGAAAGGAUGCCAAUCACUGCCCAGCAACGUGAUGGAAACUUCUAUUGAUGAAGGAAUAGAGGCAGAAGGAGAGGCAGAGGAUGACCCUGCACAGGCAUUUGCAGCCCUGCAAGCAGCGCGCUGCGGGAAGCGACGCCACACGCUGGCAGAAGUUACCAAUCAGGUGGUGAUGGUGCCAAGCACAGGGAAAGUCUACUCAUUGGAUGAAAACUCAUCUCUGGGCAGUAUUGAUUCAGAGUAUGACAUGGGAUCCAUUCAGAGAGAGAUGAAAUUCCUGGAAGACACCCCGUCAUUGAAAGAAAUGGUGCUAACUAACCAACAAGCACCCAGAAUGACACCACCUUUCAUAGGUCUGAGACCUGCCAAUCCAGCCAUGCAAGCGCUCGCCUUCCAAAAGCGAGAGACCCACAACCGCUCUCCUGUCAGCUUCCGAGAGGGGCGCAGAGCUUCUGACACAUCCCUCACGCAAGGAAUUGUAGCAUUUAGACAGCACCUCCAGAAUCUGGCACGAACCAAAGGAAUCCUGGAACUGAACAAAGUCCAGUUGCUCUAUGAACAGAUGGGAUCAGAAGAAGAACCUCCCCUGACCUCAACUGCCACCCAGUUGCAGGACCUCAUUAAUAGCUCUCCACAGGAGGAACCAUCUCAGCAGCAGCAGGAAGCUGCAUCUGCUUUCCCUAAUGGUGCACAUCCCCCAUUAUUACCCAGACGGCAGAGCUUAGAAACACAGUACUUACAACACAGGCUCCAGAAACCCACUCUAUUAUCAAAAGCUCAGAAUACUUGCCAGCUCUACUGCAAAGAAUCGCCCCGGAGUCUGGAACAGCAGUUACAGGAACACAGGCUGCAUCAGAAGCGACUCUUCCUCCAGAAGCAGUCCCAGCUGCAGACCUAUUUUAACCAGAUGCAAAUCGCUGAGACCUCAUACCCACGGUCAAGUCAGCUGCCACUUCCAUGCCAGGAGGAGCAGCAACAACAACAACAGCAGCAGCAGCAGCAAUCAGCCCAGUUCAGCCUGCAGCAGCCUCUGAGCCCUGUGAUGGAGCCUUCCUCAGAACAAAUGCAAUACGACCCCUUCCUCAGUCAAUACCAGAAAGUACAGCUGGAUCCACUGCCACCCUCCCGAAUCACCAGCUCAUCACGGUUGUCACCACCAGUUCAGGUGCAGCAGCCACCGCAGUCUUUACAAUAUUCAUAUCAGACUUGUGAAUUGCCUGUUGUCAGCUCUUCGGAGCCAGACUACCCAGACCAGCGCCAGUAUUCCAUGGACCCAGCACAACAGAGCAGCGUAGCAUUGCCCGACAGCCAGAGCAGCUCCGUGUCUCACGAGUCCCAGUCAAACUACGACGCGUUAACCCUCUCGGAGCUGCCUGGACUCUUCGAUUGUGAAAUGAUGGAGACUGUAGAUCCCCAGCACAGUGGCUACGUCCUGGUGAAUUAAUACCGUGGGGUGACUAACGUGAGAGUGGAAGACAGGACAAAUGGAGAAGCAUGUGAAUUUUUGGGUUUUGUUCCUACCCCAAAGCUCAUGGUAGUUUUUUCAACCCUUUAAUUAACAGGGGAAAUAAAAAUCCACCUGACUGGGAAAAAAAGCAAGAGGUGGCAAGAAGUGUUUGGCCACUCGCUCCUCUUGCUGGGGGCAGGGGCUAGAGAGCAGUGCUGCUUCAUCCCCCAAAGAACAAGUACAUUUUAGAGGAAGGAAAUAGCCCCUUCUAAAAAAAGUGGGGGAGUUUGUCGGCAUUCAUCUAACAUUCACUUGGAGAAAUGAGAAUGAGUGCAUUGUACUUCUUGGCAAUAAAAGCAAUAGUUUUCAUUGAAAUUCAGGGUAGAUUUGGGUCUGCGCUGAUGGCAACUCUUGAAACAGUAGGGUGAGGUGGAAUUAAAGGAAAGUUGCACUUUGGCAUCAAAUUGCUGGUUAAGCUACUGAUCUGGAACUACUCCAUGGUAAGUCUCCAAGAUCACCAGGCAUCUCAGGCAGCCUCCCCUUCCUCCUGCUAGCAAGCAAACAGGAUCUCCUAGGCCUGCUAAGGAACUCUUAAUGGUCCACUAAGGGAAGUGUCUGAAUCUCUGCUGACACCUUGUCAAAAGAUACCUGGAACUGAUACAGUGGUUUGUAGAGACCUCUGGGUGGGCAUCAGAGCACUAAUGGGAGAGCUAACAGGGAGACAGACGGUAAGAAAUACCCUAAGAAAAGCAAGAGCUGCAGCCAAUGGCACUUCAAAAAGGAAAACCCUCCGUAGGUAGGAUUUGAAAUUAACCCUUUUCGCAGGCAUGGCCUUUGUGCAGGGCUCUGUCAUGGAGAAGUUCUGAUCACUGGAAAGGAUCCAUCUGUCCUUCUGUUGCGUAUUAAAAACAAGCAAACAAACUGUGUUUUGAAUUUGCAGUAUGUGUUGCUGGUGGUUUAUUGAGCUUUGUAUAUUUGGACAAUUAUUUAGGGUUUUAGAAGUUAAGGAUAAAGACAAUGAGCUUAAAAAAAACAACCCUGUGAAGUGAUAGUGCUGUGCCUUUUUCAGUUCUUUAUCAGCCUAUAUGCUUUUUUCUGAAGAAAGUAGACAAUACCCCAUUUAUAUCCUCGCUAUAGCCAAAGUCCCUUCAGAGCACACGUUCCACCAUGUGGAACAUGAUGUUUAACUUUCUUAGUGUUUUGAUUGCUCGUGUAUAUAUAACAUUGAAAGUAUUACAGCAAUAUUUAGCAUCACCAACUGUUGAUGUGCCAACCAUUUCAAGAAAUACUAAACUCAACAAGCAGUUGUGUCCCCAGAACUUUGAGUAUGAAAGGCGAGUCAGAGGAGGGUUCUUUAGGAAUCUGCAGAAUGUUUAGAUGUCUAGUUUCGGUUUUGGCUGUAGCCGUUAAGGACAUCACGGGAUGACAGACAAACGAGGCUCACAGCCCUUUUCUGAGCAAACAUUAAGCACAAAUGCAGAUCCAUUCAAGCACAAAGAAUGGCAGAGAAACUGUGCUGCUCACGUAUGUAGAAAACACUGUUUGCUGGAAUGUUUGGUGAGUUAAAGUCUUUGAUAUUACAAAUAAUGACGGUGCAGUCACCAAACUCAAAGUUUGGGUAUCAGGACAUGUGGUCAGUGAAGAAUUUGAAUUGGUUGAAUGGGUAGCAGAAGGAAGAAACAAACAAAGUCCUUCUGGUAUGUUGGUUCUUCUGUAUGUGUCAAAUCACAGAUCCUACCAAGCUAGAAAAAGGAGUUGUCGAAGCUGCUAUCUUUUCCUUCAUGAGAAAGGUGAAUAAUCAGCCAGCAUUUACAGCAAUAAGACCAUAUUGAAUUGUGGACUAGUAGGGCUUUAGUCGCUGCAUCGCGGUCUGUGUGAAGGAGGGAAGGGUUUCACAACAGACAGAAGGCACCUUGCUUCCUAUACAGUACAAUGAGAGACAACUCCUGCUGCUACGUAGCCUGAUACUUGUCCAGUUGUGCAGGUGGACUCAAUCCUUGAGUGCUCAGCUUCUGCCUCUGAUAUCACAGGGAUUCUCGAGGCAUCAGCGAAGGAGAGUUUAAAGAACAGGGAUCGCAUCCAUACACUACUUAUGUGACACAAGGUAUAGAGGGCUAGAAAGCUCUGCCUUAAAUAGCUGAGAUUCAUUGUGUCAUUUCCCUUCAAAAGGAAACUGAUCUGACACAGUAAAUAGCUAUAAAACACAGAAACCCCUAUGAUAACUUACGUGACUAACAAAGGGAGAGCUUGAUGAAUACCAACCAUAACAGACCAGGCAUUUCGCUACUGGGGGGAGCGUAAAUAAGAGGCAACAAAGAGUCCUAUCCUUCCAUUCCUUCUUGCCUACAUAAUAAACACUCUCUGGAAUUUCAAUGUCUGACCACGCACUCGAGGAACCAUGUGGUGCAAACUGCCAACAGAACACACAAGGUGGACGUGCUCCAGGAGCUGGGUCACUGCCGGAGCUGUAACCGCUUCCUUCCCCGUCCACCCCACAAUACUGUACAUUUCAAGACUCAAAGAUAAGAACAAUUCUGGUCUUUAGUUCUGCAGUUUGUUUAUCAGGAUGUGCCAACUAGUCUAAGCUCGUUUGAGCUUUGCAGUGCUGGUACGGGGGAAGCUACAGUGUUUUUAAUGUAGUUUAGACUGACUCUUCCCCUCAACCAAAAGCCUUUUUAUCAUUUCAUGUGAUUUCCUUUAAGCCAAUUAGAAUAAAAGGCUUCUAAUAUGGCAGAGUAUCCAUUGGGCACCACUUCAUACUACUUUGAAGUGGCUUUUUGUUCCAAUCCGUUAUGUCUAACGUUAGAGAACUAUGUACACUACUGUUAGCAUAAUUAUUAGCUUUAUUAUCUUGUAUUACAGACUCCUUUGAAGAGACUUUGGUGUGAUGUAUAUGGGGUAAAAAUUUCAUAUGGAGAAAAGUGCAAUAUGUGUGUGUGUGGUACGUUCUUUAAUGUAUUUUUUUAAGGAGUUAGAGGGUUUAGUCUCUGCUUUGGGAUAAUGCACUAGUUUUGUGAGCUCCAGUUUGGCAAGGUCAUCUGUAGUAUUUACAUGCAACUGAUAUGCUGGACUCUGUAAAGCAAUUACAGUGUAUUAUUACAAAAUAAAGAAUAUGUGCAUUUCAUUUUUAAA